GAGAGGAGGAGCCAGUGGAGGUGUCUGCUGCAAGUUCCUGGCUGCUUCUGAGCUCACCCCAUCCUCCAAGAGGGAGGAGGCCUGAGCGGUGAUGCUGCGCUGCUGUCGCUGCCGCCUGCCUCUGCUGACAUUCUAGUGGGGCUGGAAGGGUGGUUCCUGUUCGCCACAUCGCCAACCAGAGAGGAGGAGGAAAAAAAAAUCCCAGCAGCCGCUGCUGAUGUUGGGUUCGGAGGCUGCAUCCGACUCGGUCACAAGGAAAAUGGAUUCAGUUUGCAUCUCUCCCUCCUUUCUACAGCGUCUCCGAGUCUCAGUAUGGGCUUCCAGGGCAGAUGUGGACACCUUACCAAGGAGCGCCAUGCAGUAGAUGCUGAAACCACGCACCCCAGGCUAAGAAUCAGUAACAUGGCAGCACCUGCUUGAAAGGAUUACAAACCAACAGACUCCACUUAGAAAGGAACAAUGUCCAAGAAAGGGCGAAAUAAGGGCGAGAAGCCCGAGGCACUCAUUGUCGCCCUUCAAGCUGCCAAUGAAGACCUCAGGACCAAGCUCACAGACAUUCAGAUAGAGCUGCAUCAAGAGAAGUCCAAGGUAUCAAAGCUUGAAAGAGAGAAGACCCAAGAAGCAAAGAGGAUUCGUGAGCUGGAGCAGCGCAAGCACACAGUCCUGGUCACAGAACUCAAAGCCAAGCUCCAUGAGGAGAAGAUGAAGGAGCUGCAGGCCGUGCGGGAGAAUCUCAUCAAGCAACACGAGCAAGAAAUGUCAAGGACAGUGAAGGUGCGGGACGGAGAGAUCCAGAGGCUCAAGUCGGCUCUGUGUGCUCUCCGGGAUGGCAGCAGUGACAAAGUAAGGACAGCGCUCACCAUUGAGGCCCGGGAGGAGGCCCGGAAACUGUUUGACGCAGAGCGCCUUAAGCUCUUACAGGAAAUUGCGGACCUGAAAACGGCCAAGAAGCAGGUGGACGAGGCUCUGAGCAAUAUGAUCCAAGCGGAUAAAAUCAAGGCUGGGGACCUCAGGAGUGAGCAUCAGUCCCACCAAGAAGCCAUCUCCAAGAUCAAGUGGGAGUCGGAGCGGGAUAUUCGGAGGCUGAUGGAUGAAAUCAAAGCCAAGGACAGGAUCAUCUUUUCCCUGGAAAAGGAACUGGAGACCCAGACAGGCUAUGUACAGAAACUCCAACUGCAGAAGGAAGCGUUGGAUGAACAGCUCUUUCUGGUUAAGGAGGCUGAGUGCAACAUGAGCAGUCCCAAACGGGAAAUCCCAGGAAGGGCAGGAGACGGCUCCGAACACUGCAGCAGUCCUGAUUUGCGAAGAAAUCAAAAGAGAAUAGCGGAGUUAAACGCCACUAUAAGAAAAUUAGAAGAUAGGAACACUUUGCUUGGAGAUGAACGAAAUGAAUUGUUAAAACGUGUGCGGGAAACGGAAAAGCAAUGUAAACCUCUCCUGGAAAGGAACAAGUGCCUCGCCAAGAGAAAUGAUGAGCUGAUGGUGUCUUUGCAACGCAUGGAGGAGAAACUAAAAGCCGUCACCAAGGAAAAUUCAGAAAUGAGAGAAAAAAUAACAUCACACCCACCUUUGAAGAAAUUAAAAUCUCUGAAUGACCUCGACCAAGCUAACGAAGAACAAGAGACAGAGUUUCUAAAACUUCAGGUUAUUGAGCAGCAGAACAUUAUUGACGAGCUCACAAGGGACAGAGAAAAGCUCAUCCGUAGGAGAAAGCAUAGAAGAAGUUCCAAGCCAAUUAAGAGGCCUGUUUUGGACCCAUUCAUUGGCUAUGAUGAGGACUCUAUGGAUUCAGAGACAUCUUCCAUGGCCUCCUUCAGAACAGACCGAACACCAGCUACUCCCGACGAUGACCUCGAUGAGAGUUUAGCAGCUGAAGAAUCUGAGCUACGAUUUCGACAAUUGACAAAAGAAUACCAGGCCCUCCAAAGAGCAUAUGCCCUGCUACAGGAGCAGACGGGAGGCAUCAUCGAUGCUGAGCGAGAAGCCAAGGCUCAAGAGCAGCUCCAAGCAGAGGUGCUGAGGUAUAAAGCCAAAAUUGAAGAUCUGGAAGCAACGCUGGCUCAGAAAGGGCAGGAUUCACACUGGGUAGAAGAUAAACAACUUUUCAUUAAGAGAAACCAGGAGCUUUUAGAAAAGAUAGAAAAACAAGAGGCAGAAAAUCACCGGCUACAACAGGAACUACAGGACGCCAGAGACCAGAAUGAGCUGCUGGAGUUUCGAAACCUAGAACUAGAAGAGAGAGAGAGGCGAUCCCCUCCAUUUAAUCUACAAAUCCACCCAUUCUCAGAUGGUGUGAGCGCUCUACAGAUCUACUGUAUGAAAGAAGGUGUCAAGGAUGUGAACAUCCCUGAUCUCAUAAAGCAGCUUGAUAUCUUGGGCGAUAAUGGGAAUUUAAGAAAUGAAGAACAAGUGGCCAUCAUUCAGGCCAGUACUGUGCUUUCCCUAGCAGAGAAGUGGAUCCAGCAGAUUGAAGGAGCAGAGGCUGCCCUACACCAGAAAAUGAUGGAAUUGGAAAGUGACAUGGAACAAUUCUGCAAAAUAAAAGGCUAUCUGGAAGAAGAACUAGACUACAGAAAACAAGCUCUCGACCAAGCAUAUAUGAGAAUCCAGGAACUAGAAGCUACUUUGUACAAUGCUCUGCAGCAAGAAACUGUUAUCAAGUUUGGUGAAUUAUUAAGUGAAAAACAGCAAGAGGAGCUGAGGACGGCAGUAGAAAAGUUACGGCGGCAAAUGCUGAGGAAGAGCAGAGAGUAUGACUGUCAGAUUCUCCAGGAGAGAAUGGAACUCUUACAACAAGCCCACCAGAGAAUCCGUGACUUAGAAGAUAAAACAGACAUUCAGAAAAGACAGAUAAAGGACUUAGAAGAAAAGAAUAACCGAAAACAAGGAACAGACCCCAGAAAGACAAAUGCUUCUAAACCUUCAAAGAUGGCAAAAUUGUUUACACCAGUGCGAAGGAGAUCAAAAGCUAAGAAGUACCCUGUAGCCAAGACUGCAACUUGUACUUUAAAGCCAUUAUUCAAGGUUUCUUACUUGACAGUUCCUACAUGACCCUGUUGAAAAUCUACAAUAUAUGCUGCAUUUAAUGAAACAUGUAUAUGUCAAACCAGAAGAAAAGAACUAUAAACAUAUAUUGUGUAAAGAAAAAAAUCAGCAGUGAAACCAGUUUCAGCAGAUCAAGCAAAGAUGUGUCUUGGGCAUGGAACCAAAGUUACAAUGAAACAUUCAACCCCUGCUGUGCAGGGGGGGUCAUUUUAAUGUAACACCACACCCCAUGGAAAUACCAGUCCUCAAAAUAAACACAAUUUUAAAAAAUCAAAACAAAACCAACAACAACAAAAAAAUAAGGGUGGGUGGGGAAUGAAGCACGAGGAAUACCUAUGAGGAGCUAUUUACAAUAAAAUGUUUCAUUUGAAAAGUCUGGUUUCUUACUACAGGGAUUUGCUUUUCUGUCUUUAUGAUUGUUUUAAACUCAGGAACAGAGACAUCUGCAGUGUGAAGGGAAGAAAAGCACUCUCCAUUUUGAUUUUCUGCAAAAGGUGAAGCUGGUGGAAUGCAUUGACAGAUGACAGAUGAGAAGUGGAUCACAGUGACCCUACCUAAACUGGCAACCAAGUCAAAGGACUCCGGUGAAUGUAACAUGAGAUGUAAAUGUGGAUUUGAUGCUUCUUUAUUCUUCUCUCACAUCUGCACUCCUUCACCAACAACAGACUGAUCUCAUUCAUAUUAUGAAGAUGAUACUCUAAAUUGCAAGCUCCCUGACUUAGUUCUGUUUAGAACACCAACAUCCAUAGGGAACAUGGGCCAGAGAGCACCUCUGAAUCCUUCUAUUUCCAUAAUUGCUGGUUUUCAGUUUAAAAAUUGCGUGCAAUGAAUAUGCUAUAUGAUUUGGGUUAAAACACCAUAUAGAGGUGGUAAGUAAACUUCUACCAACAGUUGGGUUUGCCACCAAAAUGUGAAUAUUAAAAUUUCCUGAUAUACCUAGAGCAAUUUGACCUCUUGUCAUUUAGAGUGAUGACUUUUCUUCCUGGUCAGCUAGCAGCAACAAGAUGGCUCUACUUUUCUAUAUAGAGAUAACAUUAUGUUGCUGAUAAGGCCAUUUUAUACCAGAGACAAUUAGAAGACCAGUAUUUUUCCUAAGUUAUGCAUUACUGAGUAAUACAUGUUCCUGAAAAGUUAAUUUUACACCUCAUUUACUAUAGAUAACAAGAUAACCUCAAUUUUUCAAAAUGUCAAGGUUUUAUUUGUGGGGUUAGAAUUCCCACGCAUAAAGAAUGUGUGUAGGGAGCCAGAAACUCUUUUGACAAAAUGCUACACAUAUCUUUCCAUAUGUGAGUUCAGCAUCUUUAUCCUUCAGUUUUAGUGCUAAGCUUUUUAAAGCCAGAACAAUAACUGAAGAAUCUGCAAGAAAAUCUAGAACACUGGGGACCCACUUUUUGUCCUUGUACGUACUGCUGACCCAGAUGUCUUUGACCCAGUCACUUAACCUCUCUGUGCCUCAGUUUCCUCAUCUGCAAAAUGGGGUUGAAAUGCUUUUUCAUGGAAUAUUUUAUUUGCAAUUCUGGAACAAGAGGUGCUUAAAGUAGCACAAAGUGCUUUGUAAUUAUUAUAACUGCUGUAUUUGACUUGUGUUGUUGAGACAAAGAUUCCCCUGUGUAAUAAAAUAGUGCUUCAGUUUGGUUAAAUCUAAGUUUUGCAGCACUGAAGCAUUGCCAUCAAGCUACCUGAGACAUUAUUAGCAAUAAAGAUUGAGAGAUCCCAAAUCAGGAUCUCUAGCCACCUAUAGCAAAGAGUCAUCUCAUGCUAUUGAACAGGACAGAAGAGUGUGUCAUUUCAAUGAUAAGCAUCUCCCAGAUCUCAUGAUUGCAUCAAAUAAAAUUUCACUUUGCUCACAUGACAUCCAAUCAUGAAAGGCAGGCUUGGAAAGAAUUGACAAUAUCAUCCAAUAAGCCUGAUUAUCACUUUCAUUUGUGGGGAAGGUCAGAUGAUAUGUCCAACUGGGAAUGUGCAAGCAGAACUAUCCUACUAGAUUCCUUGCCGUGUGUGUGUGUGUGUGUGUGUGUGUGUUGUGUGUGUGUGUGUGUGUGUGGUGCUGGGGAUUGAAUCCGAGGGCUUCCUGCAUACCAGUCCAGUGCUUUACCAACUGAGCUUCAUGUCCAGGUCAUCCUACUGGAUUCUUUGAUCAACUAGAGAGGUUCUAAAUUAAAUGUGAACCGCGGGUUCACAAUGCAGUAAAUGUGAAAGAGGGUACUUCUGUGAUGUCUAUCACCUAACCUUAGCAAACAUCAUUCAGAAAAUAUGGAAGAGGACAAAUGCCUAUCCUGUAUCUCAAACCUUUCUCUUCAAUUGCUCUGCUCUUACACUCCAGAGCCUGUCUGAACAAAUCCAUAGUCCAUCUGCUCCACCAAACAUACCUUUCUUCUCUUUAUUUGGCAUUCCCCACCAAGAAACUUGUGGGUUGAAAUUUAAAUCCAAUAACUAUUUUCUAAAUGAUUAGAAAUGUUUGCAAAACUUGUGUGGCUUCCUCAUAUGUCCUGUCGGCUUGUCUGCUAUUAAUUGGAUUGUAUCGUAUUUCCAAUUAUAUGAGAGUAACAAUGAUCACCUGGGAAGCUUUAGAUGGGUUUAGGGCAGACGCAAAAGGAGAUUUUUUUUUUUUAAAACCCAGAACAUCAAGCAAAUUUCCCUAGAUUGUAAGAUAAAUGGUGAUAUUUUUGUUAAGUCAUGCUCAUGAUCUUCAAAAUUAACUUAUCAGAUAAGUCUAAAUAUUUUUAUUAAUACAUUUCUCUGUUAUAUAUUUCCACAAUUAUAACAGCAUCAGGAAAAUUGUAUAUUCAUGUUGCAGUCAUUCAUGGAUCCAUAGAAAUGAACCAAAUCUAAAUGCAUGGUUCCUCUUUACAUUUGAAGUUCAGCAAUAGUAAACAGGAUGCCUUGUUAAUAAUAGAGAGGUCUACCAUGGUUCCAUUUCUUUAGGAAAGAAAAAAAAGAUAAUUCCCAUUCAGAUAUUUAAUUUUUAUAUCUGUACUAUCCUGACAUAUCUGGCCAAUGAGUUAAUAAGAAUCUGAACAAUCAGGGUUCAUUUAUUUACUUUGUCUUAAGCAAAUAUUUGCACCCUCAGGAAAAAACAUAAGUAUUUAAAAUAGUUUGAGAUAAUUAAAGACUCAAUUUAGCACUGUUAUUCAGGACAGAAAAAUUUCUAUGAAAGGGAAGAGAUGAAGAGGCAGACUCUAGGUGACUGCCACAUUAGAAAACAUGUCACUAAACUGUUCUUUUUUCAUUUAUUUUUAAAUACUACCCAACUUUCAAGUUAGGAGACAAUAGAAUAAGCUGAGAAAAUCAUAUUUAUUUUAACUUAUGUCUUGCAAAUAAAAUUAUUGCCAAAUUUUAUUGCCAAACUUUAGGUUUUAGGGGCAGAAGAAUUAAUUUCACUUUGAUUUUUCUUCAGUCUCUAAAUAACUGCUCACACAGGUAGUAUGGGUCUUCCAAACUCAGAAGGACAGACAUGGAGAGGGCAGGGUCACCACUGGGGUAGAAAAAGGAGGAUUGGUUCUCCACUUGUAAUUGAAGAAAUAAAGUUUGCCAAGGAAUUUUUGUUACAGUCUUUUAUUUCAAACUAUUUGAUUUUUUUUCUUUUUUUUUUCCCUUUGGUUUUAAAUAAACCUCUGGCAAACUUGUUCCUUUCUGCCUAUUUCUUUUCCUGUAAAUCCAUUAUGUAAUUCGUAUGUUCCUGUCUUCAAUGUAAUUCAUAAACUCAUUAUUUUUAAAUGAUGCAUGUCUAUAUAACCUAUGUGGGUUUUCAUGGAAACUGUAAAAAGAAUAGUUAUUGGUUGUAUGUUGAUCUUUGAAUUAUUGGACCAUCUGUGUGAUUUUACAUCAAGAUAGAUGGACAGCGCAGACAUUUCAUUUUUAAAAUAUUUAAUUGCAUCCUUUUGAUCUGUCAGAGUGGUGCAGAAUAUAUACAAAUAUACACACACACACACAAUAGAAUAAAAAUGGCUAUGUUGUUUGGGGGUUACAUUUCUUAUUGUCCUUUGUGAAAAUUUCAUAACAAAGUUCUGGUAGUUUAAUAAUAGCUUUUAUUAGUUUAAUUUGUCACUUUAAUAAUUUAAAUUCAUCUACCAUAUUUAGAAAGCUCAAUACAACUUUUGAAAGAUCAGUAAUCAAAGCAAAUUUUAGACUGUUUAUGUCUUGAAUGAGUGCUUCCAGGACAGACCCAAGUCCCUCUUUAAGUGGACUUCUGUAUUCUGGAGGUAAAAACAUUAGGUCACAAUUCUUGAGAGAGGAAGCUUCCUUUAUGUCCAACUGCCUCAUUUUUUUUCUGUAUAAUAUUCUGUCUUGAGACUGAAUUUCAGGCAUACUGGCAAGAGGAUUCAGCCCAACAGAAAGUUGGUGUUGAUCCUUAUAAAGCCUCUUCAACUGCCAAAUUCUAUGAUUCCAUUUCAGAACUGGGAAGCUCACAUUCUUUGCUGUCUUUAGUUUGACAGUUUUUCCUUCUAAAUGUAUUGUUGAGAGUCCAAGUUCAAUGCUUAAUCAGAAUUACUGAAGAUAGACUUAAAGGGGAAAUGUGGCAAAAAAUAGGAUUAUGAUUUACUAUAUUUAACCUAAAUCAAUUUGGUGAGGUUUCCUGUUCUUGCUUAUUUGCACUGAGGUCUUCACACCCGUGCUUAUUUUUCCUGCUUUGUUAUAGGCAAAGUUCUAUAGGGCGGAAGUAUCAUAGACAGACAAGUUUGAGUCCCAUUUUGCCUAUAAUGAAGACUCCACAAACUUGCUAAAGAGUGAAUGAUGCGAUUUCCCAACAAAAAAAACAAAUUGAAGUAUCCAUUAAUAAUGCAAUCACUUAUUUUAACAGACAUCUCACAAAAUGUGCCUAUUCCCCAAAUUAACCAUAGCACCUUCCCACAAGGCAGAUCAAAAUCUAAGCAUUUUAUAAAUAUGUGAUGUACAUAUAUGCACAUAUAUAUUCUGUACAUAGUGUGAUGGAGUGAGCACUUACCAGGUGUGUGCUUUUGUUCUAGGAUGGAAGAGGCAAUUCAUGUCUGUUUAGCAUCUACUGUCUGUUCAUCCAUCCUUGCCUGCCUCUUCUUUCUGCUCCCCCAUCUUCUGUUCAUUUCUACUAUUUCCUAUUAUUGACUAUAACAGAGACUAUUCACUGAAUUUUCAAUUAUCCAGACCCAAAACCAGCAAUUCUUUUCUUUUUUUUUUUUUUUUUGGAAUAGCAACAAAACACCCAGCACAAUAUUCAGUAUUACUAUCAGCCAAAGGUCCCAUAUCUUUCUCAACUAAAAAUCCCAUUCCAAGCAGGGUUUAUGCAUGAUUUAAUCUUUAAUAUUCAGUUCUCUGGGGACUCAAGUAUUGAGCUAAUCUGAAGACAUAAUUCCUCAGAUUUCUAUUGUAUUACUGUAGCCAGAGGGCCAAUUUCCCAAAGCUUCCCCCGCAAUCGGUUGCAUCAAUUAGGGUUCUUUCCAUCUCAUUAGCACGACUCCAUAUACUGCUUCAGUGCUUGUUUAUUAAUGAAAGAAAGAUAUAAUUUGCCUCAGUUUCUCAAGAACAGUCCUGUGAAGUACACUGGACAUGUACAUGUACUGUAUGUAUUACCGUAGAGAUUGGAAACAAUUUAUUGUAUGUAAAGUUUUAUGAAUUGGUUAUUUUAUAAUUUAUGUAUUUAAUAUAGGAAUCAAUGAACUCUGGUGUUUUAGUUUCUAUAAAAAUAAAACA